AAACCACAGAAGAAGAAGAAGGUGCAGCAGCGAGCAGCAGCUGUAAACAUCAGCAGGCUGUGGAAACUUUCUUCUCCUCCUCAACAACUUGGUGGAGUUCUUUCCAGAAGCAGAGAAGCUAUUCUGCGGUCUUCGUGACAAUCGGAGCUCCAGAAGCAGGUGAUGGAUUGAAGAGGUUCCCUCUAUCAGACUCGCUCAUCUGAGUUGGUCAUGAUGCAGGAUCGCUGCUCGCUCUCUCAUCCAUCCUGCUCACACUCUCCGACGGAAAAGGCCCGAAUCUGAAUGUGACUCUGGAGGAAAAAGCGGUUAGCUCUACUCCGUGAACUCUGCUGUUAGCUAAACACGGCUAAAGAAAACCUGCUACCACUUCAGGAUCAUCCAUCAGCUGGGAUUGCUUCAUCAGCAUGGACACAGAUGUUCAACCGAUGGUGCUGGUUAAAGAAGCUCCUGAAGAACAGAGUGCUAGUGAGGACCAGCAGGACCCAGAACACUUCCACAUAAAGGAGGAACAGGACGAACUUAGGACCAAUCAGGAGACGGAUGCUGCCAGGUUUCCAUUCACUGUAGAUACUAUAAAGAGUGAGGAUGAUGAAGAGAAACCUCUGUUCUCACAGCUUCACCAGCAGCAAAUGGAGGACAGAGAUGUUCCAACCAGCAGCUCAGCUGACCAGAAGACAGCAGAAACUAGAAAGUACUCAAAUCUUUUCCCUCAUGAACAGACAUCUGAUUCUUCAGAGACGGAAGUUAGUAGAGAUGAUGAAGAGGAUGAUGAUGUGAACAUAGACUCUGAGCUGUCUGACACUGGAGACAGAGUCAAUGACUGCAACAAGAGCAGGUCUUCUGAGUCAGAUGUUAAGUCUGUCAACAAAUCCUUUAGCUGCCCUGAGUGUGCUAAACUAUUUCUCCACAAGAGUUCUCUCCAGAAACACGUCGGAGUGACGGGACAUACAGCAAAAUGGUCUUCUGACUGUCGGGUUAUUAGAAAAUGUGUUGGAGUGAAGCAACAAGUGCACUCGUGCAGAAAAGUCCAGAAAGGACUAAAAUCAUAUUGUUGUGACGACUGUGGAAAAAGAUUUAGGGGAAUAUCAGGUUUAAACAGUCACAUGAGAGUCCACACCGGAGAUAAGCCUUUUGCCUGUGAACUCUGUGGACAAAGGUUUAGUCGAAAGACUAAUUUAAACAGUCACAUGAAAGUCCACACUGGAGAGAAGCCUUUUGCCUGUGAGCUAUGUGGACAAAGGUUUAGUCGUAAGGCAAGUUUAAACAGUCACAUGAUAGUCCACACCGGAGAUAAGCCUUUUGCCUGUGAUCUCUGUGAACAAAGAUUUAAUCGAAAGACUAAUUUAAACAGUCACAUGAGAGUCCACACCGAAGAGGAGCCUUUUACCUGUGAGCUCUGUGGACAAAGAUUUAGCCAAAAGGAACAUUUAAACAGUCAUAAGAGAGUCCAUACAGGACACAAGCCUUUUAUCUGUGAGCUCUGUGGACAACGAUUUAGCCAAACUUUCAAUUUGAACAGUCACAUGAGAGUACACACAGGGCAGAAACCUUUUGCCUGUGAACUCUGUGGACAAAGAUUUAGUCGUAAGGCAAGUGUAAAUUCUCACAUGAGAGUCCACACAGGACAGAAGCCUUUUAUCUGUGAGCUCUGUGGACAAAGAUUUAGUCAUAAGACAAGUUUAAACAGUCACAUGACAGUCCACACAGGACAGAAGCCUUUUGCUUGUGAACUCUGUGAACAGAGAUUUAGCCAUAAGACAAGUUUAAACAGUCAUAUGAGAGUCCAUACAGGACAGAAGCCUUUUGCUUGUGAACUCUGUGAACAAAGAUUUAGCCAAAAAACAAAUUUAAAUAGUCACAUGAGAGUCCACACAGGACAGAAGCCUUUUGCCUGUGAGCUCUGUGGAAAAAGAUUUGGUCAUCAGGCAAGCUUAAACAGUCACAUGAGUGUCCACACAGGACAGAAGCCUUUUGCCUGUGAACUUUGUGGACAAAAAUUUGGUUUUAAAACCAAUCUAAACCGUCAUGUUAGAGUCCACACAGGACAGAAGUCUUUUAUCUGUGAGCUCUGUGGACAGAAAUUUUGUGGUAAGACAAAUCUAAACCGUCACAUGAGAGUCCACACAGGAAAUAAUAAUUUUGACUGUUAGCUACGUAAAGAUUUAGCUGAAAAAUAAUUUGAAACCAUCCCAUUAAGGUAGUUUGCCAGAAACACUACUCAGAAUAAUUCGGGUGGAUGCAGCUCAGCCCGACCAGUGUUCCUAAGGGCACGGUUCAGUAUUUUCCCUCUACUUUCUACCUUAUUUUUAGUCCCUUCUCCGUUGAGGUACCUAGCAAGACUGAGUCAGGCCGACAUUGUGAUUCUGGCCACUGAUUGGCUAGGGGGUGAAGUCACUGGUUGCUCCGGAGUUUUUUGCCUUCUGUUUCACUGCCUGCAGCCAUUUUUUGGUUCAGAAUCGGACAAAUAGCCAUUAAACUGAGCAAAAUGUCCAGCAACACCAUCGUUUUUCUGCUGAGUUGUUUCUGUGGAGCAUGCAAGUUACCUUACACUAAUCAGGGGAACCAUGCUCUCAGGGGCAAUGAUCACACAUUCAGUCGUUUCAGAGUUUAACUGGAGGAAGUUCUCUUCUAGCCAGGUGGUGAUAGCUGAUAGACACUCUAGUAAUUCAGACAGUUUAUAGAAGUCAGAUUCCUUAAAGCAGCAGUACAGCUGAAUAUCAUCUGCAGAUAGGUGAUGAGAUACAUUACGAAAAGAAUCAAUUAUCUGUCCAAGAAGGUGUAUGUACAGUAGAAACAUCAGUGGACUCAGUGGUUUCCUUUAAAAAGCAGCUGAAAACUCACUUGUUCAAGCUGGCUUUUGCGUGACCUUUGUCACCCUCUCCUUUUUCUGCCUUUCCCCACGAUCCACUGAUUUCCCUCUUUCCUGUUCAUUUUGCCUUUGUUAUUUUUAGGCUUGACUACUGCAACUCUCUCUAUGCAGGGUUGUGUCAGUCAUCACUGCGUCGCCUACAGGUUGUGCAGAACAGCGCAGCCAGGUUCCUGACUGGGACCAGGAAACGGGACCACAUCAGUCCGGUUCUGGCCUCCCUGCACUGGCUUCCGGUUUGCUAUCGCUCACAAUUCAAAAUCCUCGUCUUUGUUUUUAAUUUCUUCCAGGGUGGUGGUCCCCCCUAUCUAGCCACACUCCUGAACAGACAUUCCCCAUCACGCUCUCUGCGCUCCUCUGACCAAGGCCUGCUCGCUGUCCCUCGUUCUAGGUGUCGUACUCGUGGGGACCGGGCUUUCUCAGUCCUAGCACCGUCACUCUGGAACCAGCUGCCACCCUCAGUUAGGCUGUCCCCAUCUCCGCCAGUCUUUAAGAGUUGCCUAAAAACCCACCUCCUCCGCUUGGCGUUUGCUGAACAUGUUUGAUUUUGGCCCUCUUUUAUGUUGAAUCCAUUGCACAGUUUUCAUUGGUUCAUUCUAUCCAUUGUUUUACACAUUUGUCCUGUACCAGAAUGUUUCACCUUUUUUGUAAUUUGUAUUUUGUCAUUUGAAUUGCUUUUAUUGUUGAUUUAUUCAAUAUAUUUACCUUGUACUGUACCAUGUUCAGCGCCUUGGGCUUCCUGACAGGGUUGCGGAAGGCGCUUUAUAAAUAAAGCUUUGAUUGAUUGA